AUGCAAGCUGAAGGUCUCGGGACAUUCAGUGCAGGGAUCAUGCAUCCUGACGACUCGGAUGCCGUCCAGACGGAGGAGAAGAUCUGGGACCUCACGAUGCCUGUGAACUGCAAAGGGGUCUGGUGGGGUUGCAAGUAUGGCAUCCAGGCAAUGCUUGCUAACCCCGUGGAUGAGAGCAAGGGCCUGAAGCCGGGCGGAAGCAUCAUCAACACGGCCAGCUUUAUGGCCAAGCUCGGCGCCGCCACUCCCCGACUCGCUUGGUGCCGUGUUGGCGAUGACUUGAGAACUGGCACUCGAGAACUGGCGAUGGUCCACGCCCGAGACGGGAUCCGAGUGAAUGCGCUUUGUCUCAAUGGCGAAUGCGCCCUGAAGCUUCAGCCCCAGCUCGCCAAACCCGCCGAGCAAGCCGGGGGAUCAACCAACCAAGAGCUCGCGGCGAUCCUCAAGAACCAAGUGAUCUGGAUCAAAAAGGUCCUCUCGAGCCUCCAACUCCGCACCAUUGGCCGCAUCUGUGAGGUCUUGUUGGCCCUUGGCGAUGCCAUUAAGAUCCAGCCUAACGUGCUCCUGCAUGAACUCAAAUUUUUUGGACUCGCAACCAAUACUGCCGGCCUGUUUUGA